CCUGCUCCAGUGGCUCCAGUGGCUCCAGCGGCUCCGGUCCGUAGUUUAGCUCCUCCCCCCUGAUCCACAGAUCCACCGCGGGGUUUCCCUCUGCCCUCCGCCUCCCUGCGCUCCCGGAAGUGGAGAUGAAAACAAGACGGCGGCCUGAGAGAGAUGAGCUCCCCUCAGAGAUGAGCCGAGCAGAGCCGUGCUGUUCUCAGUAGCUGAUCCUCGAGAUGACGUCCAGCACUGCGAGGAGCGGAGACAUCAUCCACCUGAACGUGGGCGGGAAGAGGUUCAGCACCUCCCGACAGACGCUCACCUGGGUUCCUGACUCCUUUUUCUCCAGUCUUCUGAGCGGUCGGAUCUCGACUCUGAAGGAUGAAACUGGAGCUAUCUUCAUCGACAGAGACCCCUCUCUGUUCGCCACCAUCCUCAACUUCCUGCGGACCAAAGAGCUGCACCCCCGCUCCAUCAACGUGCACAUGCUCAUGCACGAGGCCGAGUUCUACGGCAUCACGCCGCUGGUGCGUAAGCUGCAGCUGUGUGACGAGCUGGACCGGUCCUCCUGUGGAAACGUGCUGUUCAACGGCUACCUGCCUCCACCAGUGUACCCGGCGAAGCGGCGUAACCGUCACAGCGUGGCGGGGUCACAGUUCAUGGUGGGCCGGGUGGCGCCCGCGGAGAGAGCGCCGGUCCGACGCAGCAACACCAUGCCGCCAAACCUGGGGAACUCUGGGAUCCUAGGCAGAGCCAGCACCGAGGAGAGGACGCCUGGAGGUGUGUUAUCAGACACCGGCAUGGUUCGGAUCAUCUGUGGUCAUCACAACUGGAUCGCUGUGGCCUACGCACAGUUUGUCGUCUGCUACAGGGUGAAGGAGUCCACCGGGUGGCAGCAGGUCUUCACGUCUCCCCGUCUGGACUGGGUGAUCGACAGAGUCGCUCUGAACGCCAAAGUGAUGGCCGGCUCUCUGGGAGACAACGACAAGAUGGUGGCCGUCGCCUCGGGGACGGAGAUCAUCCUGUGGGCCAUCUGUCCCGACGGCAACGGCAACGAGAUCGGCGUCUUCAGUCUGAACGUUCCCGUGGAGGCUCUCUUCUUCGUUGGUAACCAGCUGAUCGCCACCAGCCACACGGGGAAGGUCGGGGUUUGGAACGCCGUCACCAAACACUGGCAGAAUCAGGACGUAGUUCCCAUCAGCAGCUACGACACCGCCGGCUCCUUCCUCAUCCUGGGCUGCAACAACGGGUCCAUCUACUACAUCGAUGUGCAAAAGUUUCCUCUGAGGAUGAAGGAUAAUGAUCUGCUGGUGACGGAGCUGUACAGAGACCCGACUGAAGACGCCAUCACUGCUCUCAGCGUCUACCUCACUCCAAAAACUAGUGACAGCGGGAACUGGAUCGAGAUCGCGUACGGGACCAGCUCCGGGUCGGUCCGAGUCAUCGUUCAGCAUCCGGAGACAGUCGGAUCCGGACCGCAGCUCUUCCAGACCUUCUCCGUCCACCGCAGCCCCGUCACCAAGAUCAUGCUGUCAGAGAAACACCUCAUCUCAGUUUGUGCCGACAACAACCACGUGCGGACCUGGACGGUGACCCGGUUCAGAGGGAUGAUCUCCACCCAACCGGGGUCAACGCCGCUCACCUCCUUCAAGAUCCUCAGCCUGGACGACGUGGACGGACACGGAGGCUGCAGCGCCGGCACGGAGAUAGGUCCGUACGGAGAGAGAGACGACCAGCAAGUGUUCAUCCAGAGAGUCGUACCGGACACCGAUAAACUCUACGUGAGGCUGUCGUCCAACGGGAAGAGGGUGUGUGAGGUGCGCUCCGUGGACAGCACCUCCAUCACGGCGUUCAUGGUCCACGAGUGCGAGGGUUCGAGUCGCAUCGGCUCCCGGCCCCGCCGCUACCUCUUCAGUGGCCAUGGCAACGGCAGCAUCCAGAUGUGGGACCUGACCACCGCCAUGGAGAUCGCCGGCAAGGUCGACAUCAGAGCUCUCGGCGGGCCGACGGAGGAGGAGCUUCUGGAGCUGUUGGACCAGUGUGACCUGGCUCUGACCCGAACACCUGACAGCACGCCGAGAGCCUCCACCUGCAGUCUUCACUCUCAGCUCACCGACGUCUUCAGGAUGGAGCGUCUCCACUCUGCCGCCGGAUCGCGAGGAGGCGGACCUUCGGGUUCUUCCGUCUCGUUGUGCGGCAGCCUCCCCCGGCAGGCUGCGCCCCUGCCCCUCGCCAAACCUCUCCGAGACUCCGCCCUCUGCGGGCCGCCGACCCUCACCAUCCCCGCCUACGCCCACAACUCCGCCCCGGCCACAACCAGACCCCGAGCCCCCGGCCCCCGACACCUGGACCGAGACAGGGAGUGGGGGUCCGUUCGGAGGGGCUUCGUGGAGCGCUGCCAGGAGCUCGCUAAGGGUUCAGAGGCGGCGGCGGGCGCUGUGUUCGGGGUCCCGGCGGGGUCGGAGGGCAUGAGGCGGAGCUUAGCGGUCUGCACCGAGUUAGAGGCCAGGUUUGGCGUCAGGACCCCGACCACCUUCUCCGUGUCACCCGGAGCACGCCACUCCCCGGGAACACCUUCGUCCCUGUCCUCGUCAUUGUCGCCGCUGUCCUCGUCUCUGCCGCACCGCAGGACCACACCCACUCCCCCAACAAGCCCCGCCCCUGCAGCCGUGAGCCCGUCACGGUCUAAUGAGCCCGCCUCACCUCGCCACGGCGCCACGGCGUCUCCUGAUGACGUCCCGGCUUCUCCUGAGAGCCCGCCGAGUCCAGACAGCCCCCCCGCCGGACCGCCCACCAGCCCCAAACCACACAUGAACGAGACCAGCUUCUGAUUGGCUGUUCAGACUGAGACUGCAGACACAGCUUCUGAUUGGCUGUUCAGACUGAGACUGCAGACACAGCUUCUGAUUGGCUGUUCAGACUGAGACUCCACAGAAUCAACAAACAGAUGAGGGGAAAACUUAAAAAACUUCCUCUCAAGUAUUUCCUGUUUCAGCAGACAGAUGUUUUGAUUAACUGUCGGGUUUGAGUGAACAGCCAAUCAGCAGUCAAACAGAGCUCUGUUGCCAUAGUAACCACAUGCCGGUUGUUGUUUCCUGACCAACUAACGAAUGUAAGGAGGGAAAAUGAACCUGAACACAGCAGAAACUCUCCACUGCUGCUCCAAUCAAUAUUCUCACAAUAUCAAUAAAUUCCGAUCAGUGUGAUGUGAAAACAGCUCACGUGUAGUUCUGGUUCUGGUCAUCACCGUAUGCUAUCAGCUGUAGCGAGCUAAGCUAAUGCUAACACUGAGAAUGAGGCUAAAGCUAACUGGUACCAGUUGUACUGGUUGUUAUCCUUUAAAUGGUAUUUGUUCUGACAUAACUGGACGGUUUGAAUACAAACACAGAUGUUGUAUUUAUAGUUUAAUGUUUGUAUUUUCAGACAUGAUUCACUUUUUUUUACCAGAAGAAAGAUUCGAGGAAAUUCUAUAUAACUAAAGUACAUUUACUCAAGUACUGCCAUUAAGUACACUGUUGUCGGAGGUUAAUAUUUUACUUUUACUACAUUUAUCCGAAAGCUUUAGUUCAAUAAUUCCGAUUAUUAAUCAACUAAUAAUGAUGAUUUAAUAUUUAUAGAUCAAACUAUCAGUUUAUAAAGUCAUUAAAAUGAGUUUCCAUAUUUAAAGGGAUGAACACAUUAAUGUAAUAAUAUAAUAUAUAUUAUUCUGCAGAGUAACUAUUGAUGCCAAUAGUUUUACUUGUAACAUGGUAUUUCUACACUGUAGUAUUACUACUUUAAGUAAAGUAAACGAUGGAGUACUUCCUCAGGGCAGCGAGCUUCAGCUGAUAAAAAAACAACUGUAAAUGAGAAGUUAUGAUUAAUAUUUCUGUGUGUGACAGUGGAGAGAUCGAAAUGAAUGAAGGUGGAGACCAAACCGGAGCUAAAAGAGAAUAUUGACGAUGAAUGCAGCUUUAACUGCACUAACUUUAACUUUGAUUUUGUAGCUUUUUAUAACCAGCAGAGGAAAAACAAAGUCGUAUGUUUUGUUCCUGUGAGUUGAACAUUUUCUAACCUUUUUGUAUCUUCAGUCUGACGAUUCUUUUAUUAAAAAAAAAGCUAAACUUUGUAUCAAAGCUUUAUUUUCUUAAUUUGUUUGAUUGGAAUGUGACUGUGAUGAACAAAAACAUGUCGUUUUCACUCCGUUCACUUCUUUACAGAGCUGAACCUGAACGCACCACCGUCACAGCCAAUCAGGUUUCGCUUUGGUUCUUUAAUUCUCAAAAUCAACAAAAUGUACUAUUUUACAGGCUCCAUAUUUUAUGAUUAUAUUCUGGAAAUAACUUUGUUUUAUGGAACUAAUUACAGGCAAAAUAUUAUUUUAAAUUUGUUUCAUUGUAUUUUUCACAUUCUUAUGUUUUUGUUCAGUUUACGGACUUUAAGACUCUAAGUUAAUACUUGGUAGUGUACUAUGUACUACACAACAAAUAUAUCAACUAAUAAAUACUUUUACUUAAGUAGGAUCAGAGUAUUAAACAAAUAAUAAUGUACAUUGCAUGUACCGGGAACUUUAACUAUAUAUACUUUAACUUUAAUAUAUUCUUGCUCAUCCAUUCUCUCUUUUUCAACAUUGCACAUAUUUCUGAAUUUAAAUGGGAUUUUAUUAUAUUUAAAUUAUUUUGUCUUUGUUUUUUGUCUCUGCAUAAAUACAUCAAAGUAUUUUACUCUUCUGUGAAAACAGACUUUUUAAAUUAACCGGAUUCUGAUUCUGA